AUGCACUCGGCUCUGAACUACAGACAAUCUCGAAGAUCAGCGUGUGAUCGCUGUCGCGGAUUCAAGCUCCGCUGUGAACGGGACCAAGUCAACGGCAGAUCGUGUGAGAGGUGUCUCAAAGCUCAGGUUGUGUGUACGACAAGUGUUGGACAGCCUGCUCCACAUUAUCUACCAUCAAAAGGCGAUUCGGGCACUUUAUCCAGAGACUGUAAUCGAGUGCUCACCAGUGAACGAAUGCCGAUGCCUGUUCUCCACAGAUCAUCUGCCUCGAAAGUGAGGAAACCACUUGCAUCUUCUGGAGCAUCUCGAAGACAGGUCAACCAAUAUUCCAGCUGUUGGAGAAGUCCGGACUCAGUUCCACCUGUAUCAACUGGAAAUGUUUCUUCUGUUGAGAACAUUGGGUUGCAAAUGUCGUCGCUUCCGGGCUCAGUAUUGCCUGUUGAACAAUGGAGAGACCCUUUCGCUUCCUGGGGAUUAGAGUCUUAUGACUUCCCAUUUCCACAAGCCGUCAUGAUGGAUCGGUCACUCAAUUUCCAAAAUGAGUCAGAUACAGAGACAUAUGUCCCUUUCAACUUGGGAACAUUUGGCUUCACCGACCAGACCCCAAAUCCCACCAUGGAUGGAAUUUGGAAUCCUCAUUGGGAAAGCAUUUACGUACCUACUAUGGAUGAUGAGCCACCGAUUCCAACCACAACGGACAGGGCUUCCACCAGCUUAUUUGGUCUACGUAAAAGGCUCCUCAGGCUUGAUCUUGACUUGAUCGAUGAUCUGGAGUUGUUAGAGUCUGGAUCCAUAAUUAUGGGACCUUCGUGUCUCCUCAAAGGAGACAUUAGCCCAACGAUUGGAAAACUGGAUCUCCCGAUCUUUCGCAUGCUCAGCCAUUCAAAACAAUUCAUGGGUAUCCUAGAGUCCGGGAGCAUUGCAACGGAGGAUUCUUACAACCUGGCAACGGGACUUAAGUCAUCUGAAAAGGCACCAAAUUCCGAACACGAUACAAACUCACCACCUACAGAUAUCAUGGGUAGCACUGUGGAGGAUGUGGAAACCACAUCAUCUUACGACUCUGGAUACUUGACCAUGAUGGAAUCCUCCCCAGAUCAGGCCAGGAGAUUAAAUCAUCAGAGGUGCGACAUAUCGACAUCACUCAGCAUUCUAGCAGCGUAUUGCCAUCUCAUUCGUGUUUAUCGAGCGAUUUUCACGCAGCUUUAUCAAUUGUUUCUCAUUAUUCCUCCUGCUGAUGCUGCUAAAUAUCUGCUUCUUCCAAAUUUGCAAUUUGGACAGUUUCACAUGGACGGAAAUUUGACCGUUCAAGUUCAAGUGCUGAUUGAACUUGGCUCGAGCAUGCUAGCUAAAAUUGAACGGGCUCUGGGCAUGACUCAAGCCCAAGCUCGAGAAGCAAAUGGUGAGAUUAGCCCUGUGGCGUACAUUUUGGAUGGCGGCCCCCUGGUAUCUAUUCGAGAUCAUAUCAUGGCCCAGGAGCAUGAAAUGUGCGGAAUUACGUUGAAGGAAACAAUGAAUUGUCUUAGGCAACUUCUGAAAGACCCAGCCAACAUGUGA